AUGGAGGGACUGUCGUGCAGUCUACUGUUCGGAUCAUCUCCAGCCCCGCCCUACCUUCCUUCGUCCUCGGGCUCCUUCCAGGCUCGUCAGGAUGAGAUCUGUCUCCUUCAUCGCCGUCUUGGGAACGUCCUUGCCGCAGCCGCCUUGGCGCAGGCAUCGUGCGCACUCAAGGUCGACAUACGUGCAGACACCAACCGUGAUGGCAAGGUGGACACGGAAGGCGUGACGGAUGUCCCGGGCAAGCAUCGCUGGACCGACUCACUCGGCGCUCUGUUCCUCGCCAACAUUGGAGACACGAACCGCCGAUGCGGCCAGAUGGAGGGCAUGCAAGGCAACGAGACGGUCGUGUCGGACGAGACGCUGAUGGCCUGCCACGAUGCUGCAGACGACCUCCAGCGCGCGCCGCAGUACCUCGCUCCGAUGCGUACGAUGCCGUUGAUGAACCUGAGCCCCAGUGCCUUUGGCUCCGUCUCCGUCGUCGAGGAGCAGUCCCGGACGCUGGUGCGCGUCUUUCGCCGCGUCGGCGGUCAAGAAGGAUGGCGCAUCGUCAAAAACGACACCGUCCUCGCCGCCGAGGAGCUGGCGAACGGCCUGGAGCUAGGAAUCGAUGCGAGAGAUGUGCGAAGGCCCGGCUGGGACGGCAAGGCGACGGUGCAGUUUUCCGUGACGGAUGGUGGCCAAACGUCCAGCGAUGCCGUGGCCCUGCGCGUCGCCCCCCUGUUUACCCAUCACCACCUCCAAAAGGUCGAAACGGUGCUGGCCAGCGACAUGUCGGGGGAAAGGGCCUACAUGAAUGCGUCGGAAAAGGCGGAGGCCUCGGCUACAAUUCGAGAGAUUGCAAAGAUCGUCAAGGCGGCGGGCAUCGACCGCCCCCUUCGCCAACUUCACACGCCAGACCUAUGGACCGAGGACUACUUUGAGCCGACGUUCAUGAGUAUCCCGGGGCCCGAGGGGCCUGUUGUUCUUCGAAUCAUGGUUUCGACGUCGGAUGAACAUCGAUCCUACCUCACCCAUCGUCUCCCGUUCCAGCAGCUCCGCGACACCGGCAUCGGUGCUGUGCAUUAUCAUCCGGGCGACAUUUCCAACCAGAACUACAUGGAAGCUUUCGGGAAUCUCGAGACCAUUCCGCCCUACGAGGCGCCUGGUACGGGGAAAAAAUAUCCCAUGGGCAGAAUAAUCGCUGGCGGAGCCAUGUCUGACCGACCGCCUACCGGCUACGAUAUAUUCCGGGCCCAAGGGGUGCAAGACCCUCUGCUCGUCGACUCGCAGUGGCUCUUGGUUCAGCAUGUCGACGAGUUCCUUCAAUUCCUCCCCGCGAACACGACCCGUGGCUGGAGCAUCAUGAUCAACGACCCCGACGCCGGCAUGCAGCUCGUCAGGGAUGCCCAACAGGCCGGCCUUGGGGCGACUCCCUUCAUAAACUACAAGAACAGAUCGUUGGUUACGGCCAACGACCUGCUGGAUGGUCCUCAUAGGCAUGCGAAUGCGAAUGCCUCCCACCGCAUCCAGGCAACCAUUGACCUUCUCAAGCAUGAGACGGGCAUCACCGACCAGGAAAUCUUUCGCGUCCCGGCGGUGUAUGAGUGGGCCGAUGCGGCCUGCCACCAGCAAAGACGACGACAAGUAGGAGACUCGGCCACGCACGGGCGUCAUUUGGCCCAGAAGCGCAGAGAGUGCAAGUACCCGGGCAUGAUGAGCUCCAUCUCCCCUGCUGUUGUCAACGGCCUAGUGCUCAGCCGCUCUCGAUAUAUUGCGCCUAAGCCCUGGGGGCCGAUGGUGAACGGUACCGACAUCUUCGAGAGUGCGACUCGCAAUUCCUACCAAAGGGCAGGAUUUGACGUUGAUUUCGUCGACGACUGGCAAUACCAUCAACGCGAUGGAGACGUUCACUGCGGUACGAAUACACUUCGGGACGCCUCAGCCGAGUGGUGGAAGCGGUAG